UUAUUUAAUUUUCAGAAGUUGAUAAACAAAUGAAAACAAACGCACUCCACAAUCAUAUAUUUUUUAAAAUAACAACACAAUAAAAAUUUAUCUCAACAUAAAAUGAGUACAAUGGAAGCUGGAGUUUCUGAAAUUUCUAUUGAUGAUGGAGAUGAGAAGCAUGGUGAUACAAUAGAAGAGGACAACGAUCGCCGAAGAAGUUUGAGAGAUACAAGACAAAGGGCCGCUGCAUCUAAAACAGUACAAAAGCUUCGAGAGGAUUUAUCAUUUUUAGGUGAUUUUGAUCCAGAAAAGUCACGUCGAAGAAAAAUAAAAGUAAAAAGGAAAGUUCCAGCUAUUACUAGAAAUACAGUAUUUGAUGAUAAAGGUAGAUACCGCGAUAGUCUUUUUGAUGUAUGCGACUGUAUGAAAUACAAUUGUCCUGGAUGUUUUUGGCCUUGUCCCAGUUGUAGGUCAACAAAGUGUGGUCCUGUAUGCAGAUGUAACAGAAAAUUUGCAUAUGAAUCAAUUGAUUUUGAUGGAAAUAAUGAUGUCAUUUCAAAUAUAUACUAUUAUCCUAAAAAAUAAAUAACUCAAAAAACCAUGUUACUUUAUUUAUAUUUUACAUUGUAUAAAAAUAUUACUGGAGCUUUGAAUGAAAAAGGGAACAACCUCUUCAAGCACUAAAAUAUUUAAAUAGAUUUCAUGAAAUUGUUUUUUUACUGUUUGUAGUGUUGAAAAAUUACCAUAUCCUACACAUAAUGAAAAAAUUCUACGUUCAAAUUAAUUUAAGAGACUUCUUUAAACAAUCGCAAAUUUUAUAUGGAGAUGCAAAGCAUGAACAAAGUAUUUCAGGAAUUUAAGUAUUGUUUGUAAUAAGAAUUAAGAUAAAAUGAAAAUCGAACUAUUUUGAGAAAUGAAAUGAAGAAAUGCAUAUUAAUUACAUAUGUAUAUUGAAGUAAAUUACGUUAAUGUGUUCAUUUAGAGAAUGUGUUCAUUGUCAGGUUGGAAUUUUUUAAUAGAAUUUCGUUGAAGAUUUUAAGAGUAUUUUAAGACUAAAACUUUAAAAUUAGUUUAUUACUUCAACAAAUACUUACAUAUUCAAUAAAUACUUAAAUAUUUUUCAAAUUUGAAUAC